GACAAGCAGACUGUAUGACACAUUCUUAGCACAUAACUGAGGAUACAACUACUGUGCUCUCCUGUACCUUCUCGGGCAUUACUGUUACUGUGGAAACGUGGAAAGCGUCCUUAACUACAAAGAUUUGUGGUAACUUUUUAAACAAAAGUGUACUUAGUCGGGUACGCGAGUUCUAGGGGAGCGGCCAUUUUACCGAAGGCCAUCUAUAAUGUAAAUGUAUAAGAUUAUCUACAACAGCAUGGCUUCCCUGCUGGAGACACAAACUGCAGGGAACUUUAGAUGGUCUAUUUAUGCUGACAACUGACUGCGGACACUGGAUACAGAGAAGUGUUUUAGUCAAUAGGAAUCCAUUCAGGCCGUGUAUUUAGGUUGUAUAUUCAGUGGCCUAGAAAUGAACAACUGUGACCUGGAAAAGCUCUCUGUUCCUGGAGUAAAGCUGGAGCCUUCUUUUAAACCCGACAUCACAAAGUACAAAGUGACAGUGUCAAGUCAACGGAAGCAAAUCACAGUAGAUGCCUAUCCCAGUGAUAACGGAGCCUCCUGCACAGUGCUGGGAGGUGAAGGUUCGAAGGUUGUGACGUUAAAAGAUGGCCUCAAUUCUGUGGUUGUAGAGGUGACUGCUGAAGAUGGAACUAUGAAGAAAUACUUUCUAGAAAUCACAAAGUUAUCUGCAAGUCAAGCUUUACUCGAAGGGAUACAUUUAUCUGAAGAUCUAAAGCUAGAGCCAUCCUUUGCUCCCAAUACCUUUGAAUAUUCAUGUACCGUUCCAUAUUUCCAGAACAGCAUUAUUGUAGAGCCUCUGGUCCAGGACAGCCAGAUGAAAGUGACAGUGAAUGGAAGUGCCGAGAUUAUUAAACCACUCUCCAUCACAGUGGGAGAUACUCUUAUAGAAGUGCUUGUCAUGUCUCCUGAUGGCACCAAAUCACAGGUUUAUAAUAUUGUUGUUACACGUGAGCAAGUGCCAUUCAGCGUCAACUUUACAGAUAUCCACAAGCAAAUGAAUUAUGAAUGCCCAAUUUCCCUGACUGCUCUCUACAGACCUGUGUCCAUUAAAGGAAGUGAUCCUAAGCACACAAUGUCAGCACCAUACAUAGAUCUUUUAACAAGAAGAGCAAAAACCGAUCCAUUGGAUGAGAAAAUGCUUACUGAAGACUGGAGGGUUCCUGAGUAUGAAUUGGACAUGGAGAUAUCAGAAGCUAGUGUCAUGUGCUGUUUUGUCUAUCGAGGUUGUGGAGAUAUCUUAAAACUGACUGACCUGGGAAAUCAUGCAAAGAAUUGUCUGUAUAAACCACCGACAGAACUGGAUCCUAAGGCAGUUACAGAAACAGAAUGGUUUAAGGGUGAUUCUAUGCCUGCUAAAGCUUCAGAGCCUUACUUCCAGCAUACCCUACAGGAAAGAAAUUGGGAGAAAAGGCUCCAACAAAUUCAUAAUAGGGAUACAGACCAGCUUUGUAGUCAUGCAGAAGAAAAUACACGCUUUUAUAAGCAGAUCCUACUAAAGUCAGGUGAUAGGCUUGACCACAAGGAUGGAAUGUUAGCUCUGGAUGCCUUGAACCAAACUGCAGCUGCCUAUGCCUCAGCAAUUAAGCUUCAACCAAAGAACUCCAGGUUCCAUUUUCUUCUUGCCAUAGCCUUGGAAGAGCUAUAUUAUGCUGCAGAAAUCUACGGGUUAAAGAAAAAAAAUGAAGACGAGGGAACAUAUAUUUGCAGCGCUAAAGCCACAGGAAAAGAUGAAGAAAUUCAAGCAAUUUGCAAACUACAUGGCUUUACUGGAAGGCCAAGCUUAGAGCAGCAAUUGAAGGCUCUAGACAUGGAAUACCACCAGCUGAAAGAGCAAGGCCAGUCUGGCAGAGCUGACUACAUCCAGAACCUCUAUGCCUGGAAAUCCAAGCAGGCAGGCAAGAGCGGGAUGAUUUCACUGGAUGAAGAGAAUCCAUUAACACAGGCCCUUCUAAAAUAUAAGGAUGCUCUCUCUCUGGAUCUGCACAACUGGCAGUAUAAUUUUCAUGUGGGAAGACAUUUGUUGCUACAGAAACAGACCAGUCAGGCAUUAAUGUUCUUACAGAAUGCCUUGGCACUCCGACCAGCAUCUCCCAUUGCCAGGUGUUAUGUUGGAUUAGCUAUCCUAGAGCAGGAUGGUGGCCCUGGUACAAGAACACAAGAGUCAGUAACUUAUCUCCAGCAAGGCAUGGAAACUUUUCUUAAUGAUCUUCUUACACAAGAAGGUUCUGGUCUUCUUCUGGCCGAAAAUCCACUUUGUCUUUUCAACACUCAGCUACUCAGCGGGUUUGUGAAAUUUGGACAAUUACUUAGGACCCUUUCCAUUCAUUCUUCCCCCACUCUCAUGAGUUCUCAGCAGGUUCUUCAAAUGGUUGCAGAUUGGUCUGCCAAGGCCUUGUGCCAGUGCCCACAUCGAGGCAUGGUCACACAGCAGUUAGAAUGGGCUCUGCUGGAAGCGUGCUUUGGUCUCCUUGAGCUGCUGGUUGAAAAGUCUUCCAAAAAUGAAGCCUGGAUUGGGAGAAGAUGUCAGGCCCUGUCUGCUUUAAUACGUCUCGCCUCCAUUCCUCCAUGUAAGAAGCUGUUAGACUUGCAGGAAAAGGUCUGUCAACUUGGGGUGAUUUCCUCUCCCUGCAACAGCUCGGCCUUGUAUUUACUGGGUACUGCUCAGCUUGCCCAGUACGAUGACAGGCCCUCUUCAGAGCAAGCAAAGCAGGCUCUUUGGGAUGCCAAACUCAGCUUUCAAGCCAGUAUUCGCCUAGAAAAUAUGCCAACCAAAGGACAGCCACCAGCAGAACUAGCAUCUCAAAAAUGGUGGCAGGAAUGGAAAGCUAUAGAAGAAAGGGAAAAACAAAAACAGCUGAACCAAACUAAUGCAGAUAAACCAAUAACUUCUACCACAGCUGCUACAAGAGGUACUCCAAAGGGAAGAGGAGCAGCUCCAAUGUCCAGAGGAGCAAAUACAACAUCUAGACUCAGUCCUUCUAAGAGAGGAGGCACAGUCACACAAGGAGGAGGAAACACUAAAACAGGAACACCUAAAGGGGGGAACAUUAAAACAGACAUAGUUGGAGGAAGCAGUAAUAACUCAGGGUCCACUAGCGUCUCCAGCAGAGGGCGCGGUGCACCCGUAUUGUCUAAACCAGCCACAGCAACCUUUACUAAACCACAAACUAAAGUCAAUGCAGCUACAACAGUAAAAGUUGCAGAUCCUUUACCUGAAAAACCUGCCAGCAAAGAUAACCCUCACCCAGUUCAAGAGCAGGCUCUUGGCCCCAUAUCUAUUAAUCACAGUUCCUUCCUGUACCGCCUGGGUUUAGCGCGUGCUUUGUCUCGUAGUGAGGAAACCACAGCUGAUGCAUUAGAUCUUUAUCGAGAAGUCAUCAAAAUGGCACCAGAGGUUUGUGAUGCUUAUACAGAGCUAGCUGAACUUCUGCUAAAAGACGAUCCUCUAGGUGCUGUGGAAGUCUACUGCCAGUAUCCCCAAAAGCCAGUGGAAGGGCAGUCAUUCGACAAUGCGUUUAUUCCAGGAGAAAUUGUGCGUCUACUCAUGAAGUGUGAGAAGUACGAUGACCCGCGUCUACCUGUCAACAUGAUUUCCUAUGGAAAAGUGAUGGGAAUAGGCUGCUUGGAGAAAUAUAUCAACAUUCUUGAAGAGAAAUUCAAGACCAGCAUUCUCAAGACAGUCUAUGCCGGCAUCCACAACAAAUCAGAAGAUGACAAAGACCUGCAAGAUUUUUUCCGUUUUAAAUGCUGGAUAUAAAAAAUGUAUAUGAUCUAUACA